CUGAUGACCUGUGUCAACCCUGGGGUCAUGGAUGCGAUAAGAGAUGCCUGGGACACCGGACGCUUCCCCCAUUUUUUUGAGAUGCUUUGUUUCGGGGAUCUUGCCAUUCUCGCAGGAGCCUGGGAGCGUAGCAGGGAGGAAUUCGAUGAUGGAUUGAGGGUUUUAUGUGAACGACUCGAGCUGAGAAAACAGGGGUAUACCAGGGAAUGUAGGGAGUUAGGGGGUAGGUCCGCUAAGGUGGAACGGAUCUUUCUUAGGAAAUGGGGCGUCGAUGAUUCGCACUUGGAAGGGCGGAUCCCCGAAACACAAGGGCAGGCAUCACCUACCACGGGAGAUGCUCGGAUUACGAAAUGCGACGAUCUUGCGAUCGAAGCUGAGGAGAGGGAGGAGAUGGAGCGAGCGAUUGCCGCCAUCGCCAACACCAUCAGGGACUCCCCCCUCACGGGCGGUCGUACGGAUGAUAGCGCCUCGGAACGGGACAGAUACACAGCUUUCGACCCCCUAGCAUCUGCGUAUUGGGUAGAACACACGUCCACCGGAUUCCGACACGCGAUCUGGAGGAUGGAGAACUUUAACCACGUCGCACCAAUCUCCAUCAGGGCACUUCAGUUCCUAGGCAACAUCACAUACGCACAGGUCAAGGAUUGCAGGACUCAGUGUCCUGUGAUUGUGGCUUUCGGAGCGCAGGACCCGAGCUGCAGCCUCAAUGCCCCCGGACAAAUGACCACAUUGCCGACAGGCCGCAGGUCUCGGAGAAGGCAAAAGUCGGAUUUCGAUGUCUUCCUACAUCUGAAGUACACCAGCAGGGUGAUGGAACCACUUUCCAUCAGAAAGAUGGUCAAUGAGAUUAUUGCAAGGAUAGUCGGGGAUGAGACUGCAACGUGGCUGGAGCGCACGAUGAUUGGUUGGACUUAUAACACCAGUAUCGCGUCCAGACUUUGCAGGCCCGCGGAGGUAUUCUGCGACUUCGACGUGGCGCAGUGGAUGGAGGCCUAUGAUCCGGAGCUGUGCCCAUGCAGAUCGCGCAGGUACGCGGAUAUGCGUAGCCCUGCGUCGCUGAAUCUACUCCAGUGUGAAGGGCAUACACAUGUAAUCACGCUUGACUCAUCGAUCAUGGGCAACCCUCUACUGCAGGGUAUCAUUAACUUCGGGCUGAACCACAUCCCCUGCAUAGCUCUGGAUGUCGACAUGGCGGAGAACGAGGUGGGCGAUUUCCUGGAUCGGCUCAUGGCAAGGGUGUUGGAGCUACGAGAACUCACGACGUCCUCACAGUCGUUUCUGCGAAGGGUGAUUUUGAGGAGGGCGAGAGCGAAGAUGUCCAAGUACAAGGAGCAACACAAAUAUGUGUCCGCGGAACCUUUCGAACAUCCUGCGGUAAAUCGGGAACUGGAAUUUCUCACUGGACGCUUUCUCACUUGUCCCACCGACAAGGCGCCGAACACUCCUGCGUUUGUGUGCAAGAACUUCAUUCGGAAGCUCGCCUUCCAGAGGCUGUCCGGACCGGAGUUCGCGAGCAUCGCCGCCCCCCCUGCCGCAGUAGUCGCACGGAUACAAGGCGAGCUCUCGGCCUUUCCAGCACUUCCAAUGGCACCUCCGGCGCUCUCAUACCUGAUGGCAGUUUUCAAGGCGCAUAAGGGCGCAUUCCGAUGGAUCACGAACACAGCCGGGACAGUCAUCUCCCCAGCGGCGGACCUCUACGCAUGCCUACCACGAUUCCUUCUUCCCCUGGUGCAGACAUUUUGUCAGGAGAGAAGCCUGGAGAUGCAGGAGCAGUAUGGGGUGAGACCAAACCUCUGGUGGUCGAUAGCCUUGGUGGGGGAAUUCUGCGCGAACUUGCCGGAAAUAAUUUUCUCUGUCUUCACGGCGGACAUCACCAAAUGCUUCGAGACAAUACCCACGAACAACUCAGAGGAUGGCCUACCUGCAGUGGUGAGAUUCUACGUGCAGAGUGCAAUGUGGGUGAGGAGGGAGAGGAGCUCGUGCCACAUUAUUCAGGUCAGACUGGGGGAUGGCGGCAAGUUCAGGCCUUCGUGGGUGGAUGCCGAUCAGGCCGAGCGGAUGGGCAUGAUGCUGUUCAAAGAGCAGGACGUUCUCUGACUCUCUAAAUGAUGUAUCACCAACAGCAUGCUGCGCAUGGGGGAUUAUGUAUGGAGGCAGGUCAGAGGAAUCCCCAUGGGUCUG